GGAGGAUCUGCCACUUUCUGAGGUGGCACAAAUGAGUGGACGAGCGGGGCGUCCCGGUCUUGAUCCCCACGGCAUCGCACUUGUUCUCACAACUGAAGCCAAAGCCGCUCUCUACGAGCCUCUUCGACACGGUGACUGCUCUUCCACAGUGGAGAGCCAGUUGCAUCAGAAGAUGAUCGAGCACGUGAACGCAGAGGUGGCUUUGCGCACCAUUCACAGCUUCAGUCUUGGCGUGGAAUGGAUUAAGACGACAUUUUUGUGGAUUCGACUGAGAAGUUGUCCGCGUAAUUAUGGCAUUCUUUUUUCUACUAAAGAAGAGGAGUCUUCUUUUAACCGUGAGCAGUUUGCAGCGAGGCUCAUGCACCGCAUGCUUACAGAAUUAGAACGACAGGGGUGCGUUACCAUCCGCUACGAAAAUGCUCCUAGUGGAGAGAGUCGUGUUUAUGAGGCGGGCGGUGGUGUCGAUGAUGAUGUUCAAGAUUUUCACAAGGAGAACGUGAAAUGUAUUGUGGAGAGUACACGUAUUGGCCGAGCCAUGGCAAGACGAUAUGUUUUGCUGAAGACGGUGGAACAGUUUCACGCCGAGACAACAAAUUCCCGCCUAGGAUCCGACGCUUCGCUGGGGGUCUCCGGAGAGAAGGCCUUGAAGCCCCAAAAAGAGAGCAACACACUGGAAAAAAUGACGGGGGCACCCGUCAUAUUCACAUUGCCGCAAAUUCUUGGCAUUCUUAGCCGAGCCGCGGAGUUCGAAGAGCUUCAUCUUCGUCAAGGGGAUCGGAAACAUCUGAAUGAGAUCAAUAAGAACAUCCGAUAUCCACUGAAGUCCGGCAUGCGAGGCGGAAGGGAAGUCCGCGAGGAUUGGCAUAAGGUGUACGUGCUUCUCCAGGCCCAUCUGGAGCACAUGCCGAUCAGUGAUUUUUCUCUGCGAAACGAUUCUGUCAGACUUUGGACAACAGCGCCUCGAUUGGCUCGCUUUCUCGUCGACUACGCAAGUGCCAUGAACUCCUACUCCUUUAUGAAGGAGAGCUCCCUCCUGUUGCGUUGCAUGGAGCAAAAGAUGUGGUGGGAUGGUCCCGUUUUGAGGCAAUUGGAUGGGGUCGGUGAAAUUGCGGCCAAGGCACUUCUGCGGGGCGGGAUCCGGGAUUUCGCCGACGUUUUAAAGUCGGAUCCACGGAAGUUGGAGGUCCUCUGUGGCAAGAACAUCCCCUUUGGCAACAAAUUGCAGGAUCGGUGUCGGGCAAUACCGCAGUGCGUGCUUUGCCUUGAGCCUUGUGAGGGUUCUGAGUCGCUACGGGCAGUUAUAACACUGACGACUCCGCCACGCAAGAAACGCGAGAAUGAAGUCAAUUACCGCAUGGUUGCCGUUGUGGGCAACGUCAGAACAGACGCGAUACUCCUCUUUCGACAAUUCUCUUUGUGUGAUGCAAAAGAGGGGAAGGUGAUGUUCACUUUUUGUUUCCCGCGCGGUUCUCAAGGACGCGUUGUGGGUCAAGUCUUUACGGAGCGGUAUUUGUUUGGAAAUGAUGCCCAUAACACAUUUAACGCGGGCGAAAACACGGAGGAGAAACACGAGGAUGUCGCCGACAAGGGAGUGGCGCAAUCAAAGAGCGGUACAAUUAGUACUCCGCCGUUCGAUGCAGUUCUCCGUGACCUUCGACAUGUGGAGGGCACUUCUUCCAGAGAUCCACCUGAAGUACCGCAUCUUUCCCCAACGAAACGUGAAAACAAUGAUGAGAAUAAAACAGAGUCAUUGACAGACGCCGCGUUUUUGGAUAAGCAUCCCGUCGGCAAGGCCACUUCAGAGAAAUCUUUGUCUUGUGAAGCCAGUGCCAUGGUGGAUUACAGCAGCACAGAGGCUGCUAAACGGACUCUUCUACGCAGUGGUGUGGAGACCACCGUAAGAGAAGUGGAUGAGAGCUACAGGCAGCUGGUGAAGCGUACAAAUUUUUUUGCUUCCCAGUUGGAUUUUAGACGACAUUCUCCUGACUAUCCAUGCAAACGAUCAAGAGAUGAAAACUGCACAAAACAAAGUGUUUCUUUUGAUUCCCUGAGGACUCCAUUCACACAACCACGGGAAAGAAACUCUUCUGCUUCACGUCAGGGGGCAUCUGUUAUUCUCCCCCAAACCAUUUCUCCGGAUCCUGUUGCUGUUUCGCGCGUUGAUGCCGCGGAAACACGACCAUCUGUACGAUUCCGCUUUGGUGUGCAGUUUCCCCCGGCACAGGAAAGAUUGCCCGAACCCUCCUUUCGAAUCCUGGAGCGUGCAGGACCGUUUGCGAGGAACGUACGCGAGAUGCCCACUGGAUCGUAUGAUUCUUAUGGGAGGCCGUAUUUCCCUUCAGCGCAACAGCAAUCCCCUUUUUGGCGUGGUUUUCAUUCCCAACAGCGAUAUCCCCAAGGCGGCGCAGGGUUAUUGCACGGACAUUCUGUACCGCGGUUCCGAGGCUCCGUUGCUGGAGCGUUUUCUCAUCACAGCCCAUGUUUGGAUGCAAAACAGCCUUUGCAUUCGACGGUUUUUCCUUCGGCUGCCGCUCCUUUUGCUCAGGAGUGGCCUCCAGAGUGGGUUUCACCAGCGGUAAACCGCCUUCCCCCAUGGGAUCCUUCCCGAGCAGCAGGUCACUAUCCAGUUUUUAACGGCAACCACCUCUCCUCGAAUGUGAGGCCUUUUCAGGGCUCUUCUCCUGCCACCAUCAUGCAGGGUUUUUGGCAAAAUACACAGGAAAGGCGCCAUGUGGGUGCCACACCACGAACGACUGCCGUGCAAAGAGGGUGGUGGUAG